AUGUCAACUGAGACAGAACUUCAAGUAGCUGUGAAAACCAGCGCCAAGAAAGACUCCAAAAAGAAAGGUCAGGAUCGCAGUGAAGCCACUUUGAUAAAGAGGUUUAAAGGUGAAGGGGUCCGGUACAAGGCCAAACUGAUUGGAAUUGAUGAGGUUGCCGCAGCUCGGGGAGACAAGCUAUGCCAAGACUCGAUGAUGAAGCUCAAGGGCGUUGUUGCUGGCGCUCGUUCCAAAGGAGAACACAAACAGAAAAUCUUUUUAACCAUCUCCUUUGGAGGAAUCAAAAUCUUUGAUGAGAAGACAGGGGCCCUUCAGCAUCAUCAUGCUGUUCACGAAAUUUCCUACAUCGCAAAGGACAUCACAGAUCACCGGGCCUUCGGAUACGUUUGUGGGAAGGAAGGGAAUCACAGAUUUGUGGCCAUAAAAACAGCCCAGGCGGCUGAACCUGUUAUUCUGGACUUGAGAGAUCUCUUUCAACUUAUUUAUGAAUUGAAGCAAAGAGAAGAAUUGGAAAAAAAGGCACAAAAGGAUAAGCAGUGCGAACAAGCUGUGUAUCAGACAAUUCUGGAAGAGGACGUUGAAGAUCCUGUUUACCAGUACAUUGUGUUUGAGGCUGGACACGAGCCAAUCCGUGAUCCCGAAAUGGAAGAAAACAUUUAUCAGGUUCCCACCAGCCAAAAGAAGGAAGGUGUUUAUGAUGUGCCAAAAAGUCAACCUGUAAGUGCUGUGACCCAAUUAGAACUUUUUGGGGACAUGUCCACCCCUCCUGAUAUAACUUCUCCCCCUACUCCUGCAACUCCAGGUGAUGCCUUUAUCCCGUCUUCAUCUCAGACACUUCCGGCGAGUGCAGACAUGUUUGGUUCUGUACCUUUUGGCACUGCUGCUGUACCCUCAGGUUAUGUUGCUAUGGGCGCCGUCCUCCCAUCCUUCUGGGGCCAGCAGCCCCUUGUCCAACAGCAGAUUGCCAUGGGUGCUCAGCCGCCAGUCGCUCAGGUGAUGCCGGGGGCUCAGCCCAUUGCAUGGGGCCAGCCGGGUCUCUUCCCUGCCACUCAGCAACCCUGGCCCGCCGUGGCCGGGCAGUUUCCGCCAGCCGCCUUCAUGCCCGCACAAACUGUUAUGCCUUUGCCAGCUGCCAUGUUCCAAGGUCCCCUCACCCCCCUUGCAACCGUCCCAGCCACGGGUGACUCCGCCAGGUCAAGUCCACAGACCGACAAGCCCAGGCAGAAAAUGGGAAAAGAAAUGUUUAAGGAUUUCCAGAUGGCCCAGCCUCCGCCUGUGCCCUCCCGCAAGCCCGACCAGCCCUCCCUCACCUGCACCUCAGAGGCCUUCUCCAGUUACUUCAGCAAAGUCGGGGUGGCACAGGAUACGGAUGACUGUGAUGACUUUGACAUCUCCCAGUUGAACUUGACACCUGUGACUUCUACCACGCCAUCGACCAACUCACCUCCAACCCCAGCCCCUAGACAGAGCUCUCCAUCCAAAUCAUCUGCAUCCCAUGCCAGUGAUCCGACCGCUGAUGACAUCUUUGAAGAGGGCUUUGAGAGUCCCAGCAAAAGUGAAGAGCAAGAAGCUGAGCCGGAGCCUCUCUAUGCGCAGAUCAACAGAUGUAAGAAAUAG